AUAAUUCAAGAAUUACAUUUCAUCAAAGGACCUCAAGCCAUUCGAGAACCCGGGAUCAGACCCGCCCCAAGCGAGUACACGCAUGCCGCCUAAUAAAGCUGCCGCCCACGAGCGAACGCACCAUUACCGUCCAGCGAGCCCGGAGAAACCGAAACAGCCGACCGGUAAAGACGUGGUGGAGGCCCUAAUGAAGGCUCAGAAUUCCGCAAACGCCAUGAAGAGUGCAUCGCAACGACUGCAGCGGGCGCUGGGACUGCAGGACGCGCUUCCGUACAACGCGCCGCCUGUCAUGCCGCCGAAUCUGGUGCAGGCGUUUGAGGAGGGACUGGAGGAGUUUGGCAUUGGAGUCAAGAUGAGCAAGAUGGAUUUGAGUGAAGGCAAGGGAAAUGAGGGUGGUGGUCUUGGAGUUGAUCUUGAGGGUCUCAUGGAGCCAUUUUCGCCUGAAAAGAGUGAUGUGGAGGUCGGGGAGAAGACGGUUGGUACGCCGCGCUCUGAUGCUGCUCCCGUCUUAUUCCCUUCUCCAAGGAUCGAACAGGAGGAGGUAUUUCCAGAGGAGCCUGCUACUACUCCAGCCAACGUGGACUGCUUCUUGGAGACUCUUUUCCAGCGCCCACCACCAGCCACAGCACCAAGUGUUGCCGUCGUCCCACCCACACCGCACAAGAUAGGAGAACCUCCAAAAGGGAAAGACCGCAAGCGCACCCGAGCCGACUCUCGAGCAGACCACCUCCUAACCCGCCCCGUCCCCGGCGCUUUCCAGCAAAAGAAACUCCGCAACGAUGGCGUCACCGGCUUGCAAACCCUCCCCGUCACCGCAAGCGCAGCCUGGACGACCGACUUCCCAGGCAGAACAGACGGGCUGUCUCACACCCUGCUGACCUGGCACUCCACAAUGAGCACCCUCUACCAGAAAUGCCAAGACGAAACGGUCAUGCAAAUCCAUCCCCUCUUUCCCUAUCCACCGACUCGUCCUGUCGGCGUCCCGCUCGUCUCAAUCUCCUUCUGGGACACGUCCGUCGAGCCGCGCCGCGAGCUGCGCUUCAUCGGCCCCGGCGACGUCUCUUCGAUCCUCUAUGCCGAGGUCGACACCUUCUCCCUUUCCCUGCCCGAGGAUCAUGAUUCGGAUGACGUCACGCCCGAGGAAUAUCGCAGCACCUCAGGCCCCUUCGCGCGCAUGGCUUCAGGCCGAAUCCCGCUCACAGCCACCGGGCUCCGCAAGAUCGCGAUGCAUGAUCGGAAUGCGCAGGGCGAGGGCCGUUGGUGCUUCGUGGUAGUUAACGGGUGGAAGAAGGCGGACGGGGAGGUGGCGCCGUUUGUGGUGUUGGGAUGGCCAACUACGAGCGUUACGAACAGUAGCGAGUGCCUUUACACAAUAUAUCCGGAUGAGGAAGAGAACCUGCAGGAUGAAAAGGACGUAUAUGGAGGGAUGCCACCGCCGCUGCUGCCGGCGUCGAAGACUCGGGUCCCCUUGGGGAGGCUCGUUAGUAUGCCGACGCUGUGGGGUGGAGGGUCGGUUACGCCGAGGAUGCGGGACGAGCUGAGGAGUGCGUCGGCGACUACGCUUCCACCUCCUGCGCCGAAUCGUCCGCGGGGCAGCGCGGGACAGGCUGGAGUUGCGAAGGGAGUCUAUCAACCGGAUGCCUGGACUCUGAGAAGAACUAGCCUGAUGUUCCAGAAAGCAGGUGGGGUUCCGCUGAUUGAGGCAUUUAGGACGGAUGCGGGUGCCUGGAUGCCGUUCCUGGAGGCUGUGGGAAAGGGAAAGGGUAAAGUGAUGACGUUUUGCGAGAUGGACUAAAGGAGUCGGAAGGAAGGAUGGGGGUACCAAUAGGCUCAGGGAAGGAAGAUCGGAAAAUUGACGUCCAGGGUCGGAGAUGUAGUGUACAAUAUUGAGCAUUGCCCUGGGUAU